AUGUUCUCCUCACUCCCCCUCAUAGAACCUCGUGAAUCACAUUCCCUCUGGUACAUCCCCUCCCAUCCCAACCGAUUCCGCAACCACAAUAAUAGCCAUCAUCAGGGCUCACACGCCCGCCGCCCGCACCAACAACAGCAGCAACAUGGCGCUCAGCGAUCCAACAACGCUUCAGCCGCAGCCGCCACGGCCGCCGUCUCAUCAUCAGCCGACUCCCUAGCAACACUACUUCUUGAGGAACACGCGCUGCAAGUCCGCAAGCAGAACAUCGCUGCAUUUGGAUACGCGUGGAUCAAACCGGCGGGAUGCUCGAAGACGAUGCUGGGCGUGCGGGAGGAGGAGGCGGAGAGGGAGGAAGGGGCUGCAGCGGCAGCGGCCGAGGCGGAGGCGGGGAUGGAUUUUGGGGCAGAUGGGGCGGAUUUGGUCGGUGGUGGAGGUGAGGAGGAGGGCGAGGAUGGGGAUACAUUUGAAAGAAAUUUGGAUGAUGAUAUUCCCGAUGCUGAUGCGGAUGGGGAAGGGGAGGAUGAAGCGGAGGAGGGGGAUGUAGAGGGGCUGGUUGAAGAGGGAGAGGAGGGAUUGGAGGAGGGGGAUGCCCUGAUGGAAAGAGAUUUGGAUGAUGAGGUGCCGGAUGGGUUUGGUAUCGAUGAUGAGGAGCAUGGGGAUGAUGAGGAUGAGGAUGAGGAUGAGGAUGGAGAUGACGAAGACGAAGAUGGCGAUUAUUUCGAUAAUCAGCCUGACCUCGACGAUGAUAUACCCUCCGCACCUCUCUCCGCCUCGGGAUUGAGGGAUGAGGAGCACAAUAUGAUGGAACGUGAUCUCGAUGCCGACAUCCCCAGUCUAGCGGAGGAUGGCAUUGCACAGCAACAACAGUGGGAGCACACUGACACAGACGAGGAUGAUGAAGACGAUGAGGAGGAGGAGGAGGACGCAUACGCCACCGCAGAUAUGGAAGUGGAUACCCAUGCAUCCCCCGCAUACCAUUUCCAUUCAAGCAGUUCCGCCAUGCCUGCCUCCUCCAUACCGGAUCUUCACCCGAACUCUUCCUUUAUGCGCCGCGAGACAGAAGCGGAAAGUCAGUUUUUGCGGAGAUGGGGUGGAGGCGGAGGUGAUAACAGCCCCAUUGGCUUUGAAUCACCGGAAAACUUACGCAACCAACGGAGGAGGCCAAGGAGACGGUCUGCGAUGACUGCAUCGUCAGAUAGUCUUGAUUUGUAG